CACCCACCAGUUUACCUCUGGUCUCGCGACUCCACCCCACCGGCGGCGAGAAGCGGCGGCUGCCGGCAAUGUCGAGGUUCUGGAGGCCGGGGUCGGAGAAGCCGACCGCGGCGAUCGUCGAGGACGAGGAGGGCGGGGUCCUCUUCCUGCCCACAAACACCAGCGCCUCCUCCUCCUCAUCUGGGUUUGGGUACGCGAGCUUGGAGCGGCAGCGGCAGCGGCUGCCGGUGUACAAGUACCGCAGGGCCAUCCUCUACCUGGUGGAGCGGCACGCCACUACCAUCGUCGUUGGCGAGACCGGCAGCGGAAAGUCCACGCAGAUCCCCCAGUACCUUAAAGAGGCUGGAUGGGCCGAGGGCGGUCGACUUAUAGGCUGCACUCAGCCAAGACGGUUGGCUGUGCAGACAGUUGCAUCAAGAGUAGCGGAAGAAAUAGGUGUGAGACUUGGAGAUGAAGUUGGUUAUACAAUUCGAUUUGAGGAUCAAACAAAUCCAGGUACAACCAUGAUUAAAUUUCUGACAGAUGGGGUAUUGAUCAGAGAAAUGAUGGAAGAUCCUCUUUUGACCAAGUACAGUGUAAUUAUGGUUGAUGAAGCCCAUGAAAGAUCCAUUUCAACAGACAUGUUGCUGGGUCUUCUGAAAAAGAUUCAACGACGUCGGCCCGACUUGCGUCUAAUCAUAUCCUCUGCAACAAUUGAAGCAAGAUCCAUGUCAACUUUUUUCAACAUUAGGCGAAAGAAUUCUAUGGUUGAGUCUGCUGAUCGUUUGCCCAACCCAGAACCUGCUAUACUUUCCGUGGAAGGUAAAGGUUACACGGUGGAAAUUCAUUAUGUUGAAGAACCUGUCUCAGACUACUUGCAGGCUGCUGUGAAUACUGUACUUAUUGUUCACGAAAAGGAACCACCAGGGGAUAUUUUGGUGUUUUUAACUGGCCAGGAUGACAUAGAUGCAGCUGUUAAGAUGCUAAAUGAGGAAAUUCAGCACCGUGGAAGACAUUAUCUGGGCCUGCUGAUUCUGCCCUUGUACUCUGGCCUUCCACGGGGAGAUCAAGACCUCAUUUUCACUCCAACUUCAAAAGGGAAAAGGAAGGUUGUGUUAUCAACAAACAUCGCUGAGACGUCACUAACUCUAGAGGGUGUGGUGUAUGUCCUCGAUAGUGGGUUUUCCAAGCAGAAAUGUUAUAAUCCGAUUUCUGACAUCGAGAGUUUAGUUGUCGCACCAAUAUCCAAGGCAUCCGCAAGGCAAAGAGCAGGCAGAGCUGGAAGGGUGCGGCCUGGGAAGUGCUUUAGGCUAUAUACAGAGGAAUAUUACCUUAAAGAAAUGCAGCCAGAAGGGAUUCCUGAAAUGCAAAGGUCUAACCUUGUUUCCUGCAUAAUACAGUUGAAAGCUCUAGGCAUAGACAACAUUUUGGGAUUCGAUUGGCCAGCUUCUCCAUCACCAGAGGCAAUGAUUCGAGCUCUUGAAGUUCUAUAUUCUCUAGGAAUCCUUGAUGACGAUGCCAAAUUAACGGUUCCCCUUGGUUUCCAAGUUGCUGAGAUGCCUCUGGACCCUAUGAUUUCAAUAAUGAUCUUGUCAGCCAAUAAUUUCGGAUGCUCUGAUGAGAUAUUGACCAUAGCCGCAUUUCUAUCUGUUCAAUCUGUUUGGGUCUCCAUGAGAGGAGUGAAGAAAGAAUUUGAUGAAGCCAAGCUUCGUUUUGCUGCUGCUGAGGGAGAUCAUGUGACGUUCCUGAAUAUUUACAAAGGAUUUCAUCAAUCUGGAAAAUCUAGUCAGUGGUGUUAUAAGAACUUUUUGAACCACCAAGCAUUGAAGAAGGUUAUUGACAUCAGGGAGCAGCUUGUCAGGAUUACAAAGAGGUUUGGCCUACCACUAACGUCAUGUGAUAGAGAUAUGGAGGCUGUUAGAAAAGCUGUUAUUGCUGGUGCAUUUGCUAAUGCAUGUCAUCUGGAGGAAUACAGCCAAAAUGGGAUGUACAAAACAAUAAGGACCUCACAAGAAGUUUAUAUUCAUCCUUCUUCUGUGCUAUUUAGGGUUAAUCCAAAGUGGGUCAUUUAUCAGUCUCUUGUUUCAACUGAUAAGCACUAUAUGCGUAAUGUUAUUGCCAUUGAACCAUCAUGGCUUACUGAAGCUGCACCACAUUUCUAUCAGUUCCGGACACCCAAUCCAGUCCUCCACUAACUUUGUGAUGGUAAUUUUAUUUCUCUGUGUUUGCUCAGUUUUUAUCAUCUUCCAUAGUCACAAUAGUGAAGUUUCUCCAUGUCGAUCGUAGAAAACAGCAACUUGAUCUUUGUACCCUCUUUUCCCUGUUGGUUAAUCUACUUAUUACUUAAGUUGUAUAGUUGGAUUGGUUUUCACCCCUUUUUUUGCUCAACUAGAUAUGAUGCAGAUCAGCAUGAUUUGCUUUGUUGUUAAGUACUAGCUUCCUUGAUGUUAAUCAAUUGAGAGCAUGUCAGGAGGCAAAGGAUGUAUGUGAAAUGAUAAACUAAUUAUAUCGAUUGAUGGAAUAAGAGUGAACUUUUAUUUCC